AUGUUUUGGGCCGCAGGGUUCGCCUCCAGCCGGCCGUGUAUGGUGGAUCUGGGCAGGAACCACAGUCUGCCUCUCGGGCUGUGCAGCUCCGAGCAGCACCCCUCUCUGUAUGGAUACAUUAUCGCCCUUCCCUUACAGGACUACGGGGGGAUCAUGUCCGCGCUGUGCUCCGAGUCCUGGUGGAAGAAGACCCUGUACAUCACCGGGGGGGCUCUGCUGGCGGCCGCUGCAUACCUCCUGCAUGAGCUUUUGGCCAUCAGGAAAGAGCAAGAGCUGGACUCUAAAGAUGCCAUCAUACUCCAUCAGUUCUCCAGGCCAAAGAAUGGCGUUCCCAGCCUCUCACCUUUCUGCCUAAAAAUAGAGACAUAUCUGCGGAUGGUGGAUCUGCCAUAUCAGAACUAUUUUGAUGGGAAGCUGUCACCGCAGGGAAAGAUGCCUUGGAUAGAGUACAACCAUGAGCAGGUCUCAGGGUCUGAAUUCAUCAUAGAUUUUUUAGAGGAAAAAUUUGGUAUCAACCUCAACAAGAACCUCACAGCGGAGGAGAAGGCUGUGUCCAGAGCUGUCACCAAAAUGGUCGAGGAGCACCUUUAUUGGACAAUUGCGUACUGUCAGUGGGUAGAUAACCUGGAGGAGACUCAGAAGCUUCUCUCCAUGACAGGCCCUCUCAGCGACACUCUAAAAUGGCUCCUGAGUCACCUGAACAGCAAUAUGAUCCGCCGAGAGAUGUACAGUCAUGGGAUAGGGCGCUUUUCUAAAGAGGAGAUGUACUCACUAAUGGAGAAAGACCUGCGGACACUGGCCACUCUUCUCGGAGAUAAGAAGUACUUUAUGGGCUCCAAGGCUUCAACAUUAGAUGCCACAGUGUUCGGGCAUUUAGCUCAGGCAAUGUGGACGCUUCCAGGGACAAGACCAGAGCAGCUCAUUAAAGGUGAGCUCAUAAACUUGGGAAUGUUCUGCGAGAGGAUGAGGAGGAAGUUUUGGCCCGAGUGGUUUGUGGAGGUGGAGGAUUUGUUUUAUGAUGGCGACAGUGAAAGCAGUGGGAACUGUUCUCCCCUGGGCCUGCUGGACUUGGGGCUCUUCUCCAGGACGGACACUUUGGACGACAGUGACAGCAACGACAGCUGCUCACGUUUACCAGAGCAUAAAAACAUUCGCUCUCAGCAUUCAGACCACUCGCUUUUCGAUUCAGAUGUGGGCACCGCAUCUGAUAAUGACAAUCAGCUGAAAGAGGAAGCAAUGCCUGAUCUGGAAGAGUGA